GCCGGGGCGGCCGUGCAAGGAUGCAGGCUCGCUACUCCGUGUCGGAUCCAAAUGCCCUGGGAGUGGUGCCUUACUUGAGCGAGCAGAACUACUACCGGGCGGCGGGGAGCUACGGCGGGAUGGCCAGCCCCAUGAGCGUGUACUCGGGCCACCCGGACCAGUACGGGGCGGGCAUGGGCCGCUCCUACGGGCCCUACCACCAUCACCACCACCACCAGCCCACGGCGCCCAAGGACCUGGUGAAGCCGCCCUACAGCUACAUCGCCCUCAUCACCAUGGCCAUCCAGAACGCGCCGGAGAAGAAGAUCACCCUGAACGGCAUCUACCAGUUCAUCAUGGACCGCUUCCCCUUCUACCGCGAGAACAAGCAGGGCUGGCAGAACAGCAUCCGCCACAACCUGUCGCUCAACGAGUGCUUCGUCAAGGUGCCCCGCGACGACAAGAAGCCCGGCAAGGGCAGCUACUGGACGCUGGACCCGGACUCCUACAACAUGUUCGAGAACGGCAGCUUCCUCCGCCGCCGCCGGCGCUUCAAGAAGAAGGACGUGCCCAAGGACAAGGAGGAGCGGGGGCACCCCAAGGAGCCGGGGCCCAAGGGGGCCGGGCUGGGGCCCCCGCCGCCGGCCGAGCCGCCCCGGGAGGCGGACAAGAAGGUGGUCAUCAAGAGCGAGGCCUCGUCUCCGGACCUGCCGGUCAUCACCAAGGUGGAGACGCUGAGCCCCGACGGCGGGGGCGGCGGCCCGCGGGACAGUCCUGGCAGCGCGGCCGCGUCCACCCCGUCGGGCUCCACCGAGGGCUCGCUGUCCGAGCCCCACCCGUCGGCUAACGGGCUGUCGGGCUUCAGCGUGGAGAAUAUCAUCACCCUGCGGACGCCGCCCCCGGCCGCCGACCUCAGCCCCGGGCCCGGCCGGGCGGGGCUGCUGGUCGGGGCCCUGGCCCUGCCCUACCCGCCGGCCCAGCCCCCCGCCGCCGCCGCCUACGGCCCUCCCUGCCCCGGCCCGGGUCCGGAGGCCGGCGGGAGCUACCACUGCAGCCUGCGGGCCAUGAGCCUGUACGCGGGCGGGGAGCGGCCGGCCCCCAUGUGCGUGCCCGGCCCGCUGGACGAGCCCCUGGCGGACCACCCCGACGGGGCCGCCUCCCCCCUGGGCGGGCUGGGGCUGGCGGCGGGCCCCGACGGCGCCCUGGCCGGCUCCGGCCACCCCCCGCACCACCCCCCGCACCACCCUCCGCACCAUCAUCACCCGCACCACCCGCCGCCGCCGCCGCCGCCCCCGCCCCCGCCCCCGCCCCCGCAGGCCGGGCCGGCCGCCGCCCAGCCCAGCUCCUGGUAUCUGAACCACGGCGGCGAGCUCAACCACCUCUCCGGCCACACGUUCGCCUCCCAGCAGCAGACUUUCCCCAACGUCCGGGACGUCUUCAACUCCCACCGGCUGGGGAUCGACGGCUCGGGCCUCGGAGACCACCAGGUGAGCAGCAACGCGAGCUGUCAGCUCCCUUAUAGAUCCACGCCCUCCAUAUACCGCCACACCACCCCGUACUCCUAUGACUGCACAAAGUAUUGAUCUCUGCCCUCCUCCCCCUCCAUCUUCCCCCUCCGCACCCAGCCGUCCGCCCCCCGACGUCCUCCCCCUCCGAGGCCCUCGCCGGCUUGGCCUUCUGCUCCUCCUCCUCCUCCUCCUCCACCUUCCCCUCCACUACCUCCUCCUCCAC